GUCAAACCAAAUUCUACCUCCAAUGUGGAGAAGUAAAAAAGAUAAACAGUAACAUCAUGGCUGAAGAAGUGAAGGUUUUUGGAGCUUGUUUAAGCCCUUUUAGUCGCAGGGUAGAGCUUGCUUUGCGAUUGAAAGGUGUUCCAUAUGAAUAUAUAGAAGAGGAUAUCUUUAAAAACAAGAGCCCUUUGCUUUUGAAAUACAAUCCAGUUCAUAAGAAAGUUCCCGUCCUCCUCCACAAUAGGAAACCAAUUGCGGAGUCACUCGUUAUACUUGAAUACAUUGAGGAAACCUGGAAAGGCAAUCCCAUUUUGCCAGAGGAUCCUUACGAAAAAGCCAAGGCUCGGUUCUGGACUAAGUUCACCGAUGAGAAGUGCUUGCCUGCGCUACGGAAAGCUGGGUGGAGCCCAGAGAAUGAGCGAGAAAAGGCGGUGGAAGAAGCUUGUGAGUGUCUAAAAACGCUUGAAAGUUCGCUGAAUGGAAAGAGAUUCUUUGGGGGGGAUACAGUUGGAAUGGUAGACAUUGCAGCCAACUUUAUCGGCUUUUGGCUUACGAUCAUGCAAGAAGCAACAGGGCGCAAGUUGCUGUCAGCUGAGAAAUUCCCUGAGCUGUUCAAAUGGACUGACGAGUUUGUAAGUUGCAGUGUUGUUAAGGAAAGUCUGCCUCCCAAGGACAAACUAUUGGCCUUUUAUAAAGCUCGCGUUGCUGAAGCCAAGGAAGCUCAAACUAAUGCCCCCAAAUGAACGUUUUCCCAAUGAUUGUCGCGUGCUUGCCUCUUUUCUAUUAGCUGGCUUUGUCUGUUAUCUUUAAUGCGAUUGUGUCGUGUUACUUGCUCUUGAUGUUGAUUUUCGGUUAAAAAUAAAUUAAUACGCUUAUACAUAAAUGACUAUUGGGUUUAGCAUUUUUGAGUUUCUC